AUGUCGAAAACAGUGCAAAUAUUGUCGCCCAAGCAAUUUGAGGAUCUACUGAAGUCGUCCAAAAUAGUUGUCGCAGACUUCUAUGCAGAUUGGUGUGGACCAUGCAAGGCGAUUGCUCCGGUGUACGAGCAGCUCUCUGCUAGUUUGUCGCGUCCGAAUCACAUUACAUUCGUAAAGGUCAAUGUCGAUACGCAGAAGGAGAUCGCGGCGAAGUACAACAUCACGGCGAUGCCGACAUUCAUGAUAUUCAAACAAGGCCAAACCGUUGAGAAAGUCACAGGUGCUGAUCCACGUAAACUUCAAGCCGCCGUCAAGAAGCUAGCUGCUGAAGCUGAAGGGGGCUCAUCAGGCUUUGGAGCAUCUGGUAGUGGAAGCACCUGGCGCAUUGGAGAUCUGCCAAGGGGAUACAGCGAUGUUACCGACCAGGUAGACUUGAAGGGUUUGGAAUUGCUCAACUCUGAUAGUGAGUUCGGAGGCGUACGAGUACUGGUGGAUCAGAGCAAGCCUACUGGAUUGCAGAGGGGGAAAACAGCUGCCAGUGAGAAGAAGGACUGGGUAGAGAGUGAUACGGAUGAGCAGUUGAUGCUGUUCAUGCCAUUUCAAUCUACCCUCAAAGUCCAUACCCUUCAGAUUACCUCCCUCCCUCCUCCCGCCGAAGACGACGAGGAAGUCCCUAUGCGGCCAAAGACCGUCCAAAUAUACAUCAAUCGCCCACAUAUCCUCGGAUUCGAAGAGGCAGAUGAUAUUCCCGCAACGCAGUCCAUCACGCUCUCGGAAAAUGACUGGGACUCGACCGGCACGGCUACGCUCUCCCUACGUUUCGUCAAGUUCCAGAAUGUCACAAGCUUGGUACUUUUCAUCGUGGAUGGUGAGGGAGAAGGAGAACGAGUCCGAGUAGACCGAGUCAGGAUUAUUGGUGAAACGGGCGAGAAGAGAGACCCUGGCAAGUUGGAGAAAGUUGGAGAUGACCAUGAUUGA